CUGACACCGAGCACCAUGUCCCAGCUAUUGAGUCGCUCUAGUGGCAGUAUCAUCCAUGGACGAUGGUUGUGUAAAAGUUUCGCUGCACGUUAUGCCACAGCAUCCGCUGUUACCAUAAGAAAUGAAAAAUCGAAGACAUCAUCUCAUUUAAAAGCAAAAUUAGAAUACUUUGAAAAUACUGGACAAAUCAUGAAGUUAACCCCUAUUCAACAAAGAAAUAAGUUGAAUAAAAAGUUUGAAAAAACCAAAUUUGACAUUUCGAAGAACUCAUAUUCGCCCCAAAAAGCUUUACUUACAUUGAAAUCGAAGUUUGAUGAUGGUAUAUUGCAAAAAUCAAAUGGUGAUCCUAUUAUACUUGAUAAAUUAACUAUUAACGACUUGAAGAUCACUUCACCUGUUUCCAAAGAUAUAUUCCAUUCAAUAGUAAACGCUAAGAAAUUGAAUAAAGAUCGUCUUAAUACAAAGUUAUUGACUUUUUUAUUGGGUACCACUACUGAACAAUUGAAAGACUCUCAUGUCGUUACAAAAGAUACGAUUAAGUUCUUGGAAAGAGAUGAAGAUCAUUUAAGAGCUCAGCAAUUAUGUAAAUUGGCCGGCGAUAAAGGAAGAGUGGGUAUGAAUGCUAUCAUACAAUGGUUAUUGGAAAAGGGAGAUCAUGCAAAAGCUUUCAAGGUUUAUAAUGAUCGUAAAAAAUGGAAUAUCCAGCCAAAUAAUUAUACCCAUAUCAUUUUAUUUAAUGGUUUAGCAAAAUCUACUGAAUGGGGUAAGAUGCCAAAAUCGACUAUUGAAACCUGUAUUAAACAAUUUGAAACUAUAAGGGCAAAUAAUAAAUCCAUAAAGGACAGUGAAAAGGAAGGGAAAGUUAUUUGCUCUGUUGAACAUUUCAAUUCCUGUCUUAGUGUCCUUAUGAAGAAUUUCGAUAGCGAACAAGAGACUGCCUGGGAUUUUUUCAAUAGUGUUGUUGAUCCCGACCAGUUUGAUAAAUUACCAAGAAUUCAACCAGAUAGUCAAACGUAUACUAUUUUCAUCAAUGGGUUGAAGAAGUACCACACUCAUCAAGCUGAAUUAAUUUUAAAAGAUCGUAACUUAUCAUCAAAGGAAAGAACUUUGAAACUUUUGUCAAAUCAAAGAAGAAUGAUUACGAAAGCCGAACAAGUCUUUCAACAUGCUUUAAAGAAAGCAACCCCUGAAAAACCUCCAACAAAGGCAGAAGCGGACGCUGAUCCUAAUUUACUUGCUGAUUAUAAGAAGAAACUGAGAGUUAAACUUGUGGACAUUGACCAUGCCCUUGCCACCAGUUUUCUUUCCUGUUAUAUAAAUAACUUUUCCGGAACCUCUACGAGCCAUAGACUGGGUUCUCAUUAUAAGUUUGUGGAGCAAGGUUUGACUUAUCUAGCAGCUUGGUGUCCUGAAAUUGAUUCAAUGUUCCACUUUAUCAAUAAAUCAAAAAAAUCAAAAUCUUCAAUUUUCGAACCAAAUGAUAUAUUGAAAAGAUCAACUGAUUUACGGAUCCACACUGCCCUAGAAUCACCUGAAAUGCACAAUUUCAAUGAAAGUAUUAAUCCGAAUACACUUGAAUUGAACGAUGAUAAAUCAAAAUUAAAUCCAACGGUGAUAUUCCCACCUCCUUCUCAUACCAAGAACAAAAACAGAGCUAUUCUUACUCCAAAGGAAAAAAGACUUGUGGAUUUUUCAAGACCAAGGUUUGUUGAUAUAUAUACCACUUCUAAUGACUCGAAAGGCGUUAGUAACAAGAAAAUCACCCAAGAGAAAAGAAAAGGUGUUAACAAGUUUUUAUUACAAUUAGCUUUGGAUGGUUUAAUAGCUUUGGGUAAUGAAAAAGCAUUUAUACUUGGAGUUUGGUAUAUCAUAACAAAAUGGGGUGGUGUAUACGCAAGUCGAACUGAUAUAAUCAAUACCAUUCAAGAAACAGGUAUUGCCAAAGGUGUUUUGAACGAAAAUUAUAUGGUUGAGCCCCAUCAGACUGAUAGAAAUGAAGGCAAGGAAGUCAAGUCUGAAAAUAUGGAUAAAAAAUCAUUCACUGAUAUUCCAAGAGCUGAAAGAUUUGAUAUUACACCUCCACAUGACUCUGAUAUACUUGAUGUUAUGUUGAUUGAAAAUUUUAUAUAUAAGAUUCAUGAAAAUAUCCAUAGCAAGAAUGGCAGCCAAUUGAUUUUAGAAAUUCUAAGAGUACUUGUUAAUAAAGAGACAAACUUGUCUUCUAGCUUGCAGCCGAGAUUGAAAACGUUCCACUCAAUAUUUUCGGUGUUAAUGAAAGAGCUUCAUGAUUUCAAUGACUACAACUACGAUAAAGGAGUCAAGUCGAACCGUUCGAGGAAUGUCAAAGACAACACUCCAAAGAAAUCAAUUGAUGAUAAUCAAUUGCACUAUUUCUUGAGAAACUUAAACGAUUUCAUGAAUUGUUUGCUUGUUUAUGAUGCAAAUACAUUCAAAGGUACAAAGAAAGUUGUUUUACCUAACUAUCAUAUUGAAUCUUAUAACAGAAUCAUAGAAAGAGUCUACGACACUACCUGGCUUAUUCCUCACGAUAACAAAGCAGUUGUUUGCCAGUUACAUAAGUCGAUAUUGAAAUCAGGUAUCUUGUUUUAUAGACCCCAAGACUUAAUUGAUCCAAGAGAAAAAUUGCAAUUCUCCAAACCAAUUUUGAAAUCGAUGCAACAUGUUUAUGAUUAUUUGAAAUCCACCCAAAAUUUAAGUAAAAAUGAUACCAAAUUAAUGCUUAACUUAAGAGGUAUCUUCCAAAUUGAUUCUAAGACCCCAGAAGCCUUGGAAAAAUUCAAUGCUCACGCUAGAAACGUCUACAAGUUUAUAGAUGCUAGCCAGUCAUUGCAACCUUUAUACUCUAUCUAAUGACCAAUACUUCCUUGUAAAUAGACCUUGUAUAUAAUAAUUAAAAGUUUAACGAACGCUC